AUGAAGUUCUCAUACGCUGCUAUUGUUCUCGGAGCUGCCUCCGUCGUAUCAGCUCAAAGUGCUGCUUGUACAGCAGCUGUGGCCGCUGUGCCUGCUUGCGGCGCUCCUUGCAUCACUUCAGCCGCUGCAACAUAUUGCACGGGAACCGACUACGCUUGUGAAUGCGAAGCUGCCACCUUUUCCAAGAUCGAGACUGAUGCUACCAAUUGUGUUAUUGCCGCUUGUGGAGCUACCGUCGCACUUGAAGUCUUGAGCGCUGUCAAUGCUGUUUGUACCGCCUGUGCUUAA